CACAAGUCUUUGCCAGGCAGGUACCAGUCUAGUAGAAGUCCAGAAGUGGGACUGUCUCAGUCGGGUGACCACUUCAUGACGUUGGAAUUAUUUUCGGUGAUGGUCAUUCCGAGAGUCGUGUGGUUUAUAAAGUGUUGUUUUCGAGAUGACAGUUAGCAGUUGUUGAAUGAUCUCAAUGGCGACUUCACGGUUGGGUUACCGAACACGACACCUCGCGGUGAUUGUCCGGACCCGAUUGCGGGGAUAAAAGGCCUCAUUUACCGGGUGAAUCGUGACACUGGGCGGCGUCAGUAAUAAAGAAGUCAUCGCUUGUUUGUUUUUCUGUCAGACGGACUGUCCGUGAAUGGGCAUUCGCAACUUUCUCUCACGCCAUAGUGGAGGUAGAUGGUCCGGACUCUAGCCGGGAACUGUCUUCGGAUCAGCCUCCGCGUGAACAUGCAUCGCACGGUCACAUUGCCCUAGGCAAACAGAAACGGAAUCAGCUUGUUACUUCGUUAUCGUCACCUUACCAGCUAGACUGAUCUUGCUCCCAACGCAUAAUCCAACCUUCACUCCCGCACUGCCAACCGCUGUGAAGUUUUGGAUUUUGUAAAAUUAAUCGCGCAUACGAUUCGAAAGUCAGUACUGUAUAAUAAUCGAGCGUGUAUCCACAAUUAUUGUUGAGCUUCAUUUCGCUGCCCCUACCUGCAAAUGUUGCGGUUGCUAAUCUUAUGAAUACGAAAUUAUGUGUAUACCUGCUAGUUAUGCUGACAGCUUGUGUAUCUGGUGUGUAUGCGUGAACUGAUUUGAUAUAGCUAUAGGCUGGACUCAUGUAAAUCUCGUACGCAUUCGUGCACCAUCCCUUGGACAUUAUCAUUGCCGAGUCGGGACUCUCCUACUACCGGCAGCCUGCCGGCAACCAAACCCAAUUCGCCCGGCAUCUCAUCGGCAACACACUCGUAAAUAUUAGCACGGGAACAGCAGUUUUGAUUUCACGCCGCACGUUAGUGUGUUAGCUUCGGUACGUGGCCACGUCCACGCGCACCGGCCGUAUAUGAAUGUUCGUCUACCGAAGAUAGCAGUUGAGUUGAUGAACGAUGUCAGGAUCGGUCAGCGUCAGGAUGUUUGCGUGGACAAGCGUUCUUACAGUUUUGGUUCUACCUUAUUUGCACGUUGCCUUUGCUAAGGACACUGAAAAGACACCGUUUGUAAAAGAUCAGUCGCAUGUAGGAUGGCAUGAGCGACAGCUAGUCAGUCGUCUACUGGACAGUGAGCGGUUCCCACACCGAGCGUUGACUCUGCCAGCUGACUCAAUAGACCUGCCACUGACGUCGAGAUGGCUUCAUGCUCCAGCAGAUCAUGAAUGUGAACGAGAAAGACCAGAUUCUAGUCAUCAACGCAUGGCUCAACUAUGCAUGGAGCGACCCAACUCUGGCGUGGAACCAAUCUGAUUACGGCGGCGUCAAGAACAUUCGUCUUCCACCAAGUCACAUCUGGACCCCAGACGUGCUUCUCUACAACAG